AUGAUUAGUGGUUAUCAGUCGGAUGUGAAAGAGGAAGUAGGGGGCCUGAAUCAUUUAUUGCAUCAUUACCUGUGGUCGUGUGCCGUCAAUAUUUUGACGUUUUUUCAUUAUAGCAGUUUACUAACAGAAAAUCACUUUUAUUACAGUUUCGUCAAGACUUUGACUGGUAAAACCAUCACUUUGGAAGUUGAAUCUUCUGACACUAUUGACAAUGUCAAGUCUAAGAUUCAAGACAAAGAAGGUAUCCCUCCUGACCAACAAAGAUUGAUCUUUGCUGGUAAGCAAUUGGAAGAUGGUAGAACUUUGUCUGACUACAACAUUCAAAAAGAAUCUACUUUACACUUGGUCUUGAGAUUGAGAGGUGGUAUUAUUGAACCAUCUUUGAAGGCUUUGGCUUCUAAGUACAACUGUGAAAAAGCUGUUUGCCGUAAAUGUUAUGCUAGAUUACCACCAAGAGCUACCAACUGUAGAAAGAGAAAAUGUGGUCACACUAAUCAAUUGCGUCCAAAGAAGAAGUUGAAAUAG